CAGUCUCCACCGGGGGCGCUCCGCCUCCAUCCCGAGUUCGCGACCCGUCGCCUCCCUCCUCCUCAUUUUCAAGUUUUUGCUUGGUUUUCACCACUUCGCGUCCUGUCUCCUGUAUGUGAGUCCUAGCGCCGCCAAGGAGGCCAGGCCACCACCGCUCCUGAACUGCACUGCGCUCUCCUCUCCGCUCCACCAGCGGCUGCCGGGCAUCCAAGUCCAGUCGACACACAGAGAGGAUAAGCCAAGAGCAGCCGGUGGGUGCGGGGUGAACCGUCUGCCUGGACCGAGGUUUACGAGUGAGAUGACGGACGCCGGCGCUGGUUCCGGCCUGCAGACGCCGGACCAGGUCCCCAGGGGAGCGGGAGCUGGUGCGGUCGUUGUGGUGGCCCUUCGCGCCGCCGCCAGGGAGAUCUCCAAGACGGCCGCCGUCUGGGCGCUGACGCACGUCGUCCAGCACGGCGACAGCAUCCUGCUGCUCGUGCUCAUCCCGCCGCCGAGCUCAGGCAGGAAGUUCUGGGGCUUCCCGUUCUUCGCGGGGAGCUGCGCAAGUGGACACAAGGCAGUGCUGAAUCAGAGGUCGGAUGUGGCUGAGCUGUGCUCUCAGAUGGUGCGGAAGCUUCGCGAUGUGUAUGAUCCCAACAACAAGAUAGACGUGAAGGUUAAGAUCCUGUCCGGGUCACCUCCCGGCGCCGUGGCCAAGGAAUCCAAGCGGGUGCAAGCAGCCUGGGUUGUGCUGGACAAGGAGCUGAAGCACGAGGAGAAGCGCUGCAUGGAGGAGCUGCAGUGCAACAUCGUGGCUAUGAAGCGCUCCCAACCCAAAGUUCUUCGGCUGAACCUGGUGGGAUCGCAUUCGCAUGAGAGGGAAGAGUCGUCCAGACCACCUCCUCCUCCGGCGCCAUCGCCACCGCCACCUGAGCCGAGCACGAGUCCGAGUCCGAGCCGAGUGCCAUCGUCAGCGACACCUAGCAGCAGCCCAGAGUCAGAAGAAGCGCCCUUCGACACUAGUACCACCGACGUCGGAGCGUCCUGCGUCUCGAGCUCCGAUUCGGACACGAACAGCUUUUCGACGAAUAAAGGGACGACGACGACGACAACGACAGCGGCGGCCAAGGACAGCGUCCAGCGCUCGGACGCCGACUCUGAGAGUGAGGCUUCGUCGCUGGAGCCAUGGAUGGCUACCAUUUUAUUACAGACGCCUGCAGAUAGGCUAGUCGGAAACCGGCCCAGGCCCAGGAGGACGCCCACCGCAGACUCUCUGCUCGAGAAGAUCGCCAAGCUGGACCUCCUGACUGAGAUCAGCGCGAUCCGGAGCAGGUCCGACCUGAACUUCAGAGGGAACGUGAGGGACGCCGUCGCGUUGGACAGGAGCGCGCCGCCGGGGCCUCCGCCUUUGUGCUCCAUCUGCCAGCACAAGGCCCCCGUGUUCGGGAAGCCGCCGCGGUGGUUCAGCUACGCGGAGCUGGAGGUCGCGACCGGCGGCUUCUCCCGCGCCAACUUCUUGGCCGAAGGCGGGUUCGGGUCCGUCCACAGAGGCGUCCUUCCAGACGGCCGGGCCGUCGCCGUGAAGCAGCACAGGCUCGCUAGCUCACAGGGCGACGUGGAGUUCUGCUCCGAGGUGGAGGUCCUGAGCUGCGCGCAGCACCGCAAUGUCGUCAUGCUGAUUGGCUUCUGCGUCGAGAAUAAGAGGCGGUUGCUUGUGUACGAGUACAUCUGCAAUGGAUCGCUGGACACACACCUUUAUGACCGUAACAAAGAAACGCUGGAGUGGGCUGCCAGACACAAGAUUGCAGUAGGAGCCGCCAGAGGCCUGCGCUACCUCCACGAAGAGUGUAGGGUGGGCUGUAUAAUACACCGUGACAUGAGACCGAACAACAUCCUUGUCACACACGAUUUCGAACCACUGGUUGGAGAUUUCGGCUUGGCUAGGUGGCAACCUGAUGGCGACAUGGGUGUUGAGACAAGAGUCAUUGGCACAUUCGGCUAUCUGGCGCCCGAGUAUGCUCAGAGUGGGCAAAUAACGGAGAAGGCAGAUGUCUACUCGUUCGGGGUUGUACUAGUGGAACUUGUAACUGGACGGAAGGCUGUGGACAUCAACAGGCCCAAGGGCCAGCAAUUCCUAACCGAAUGGGCUCGGCCUCUGCUGGAAGAGUGCGCCAUGGACGAGCUGCUGGACCCUCGCCUGGGAGGGCGCUUCUGCGAGAACGAGGUCUACUGCAUGGUGCACGCGGCAAACCUGUGCAUACGGCGUGACCCUCAUCUCAGGCCGCGCAUGUCCCAUGUUCUGCGCAUACUGGAGGGCGGGGGCGGCGACAUGGUGGUGGACUCAGCUGGCAGCAGGAGCUGGCGGAUGCAGCAGCACCAGCGUUGGCAGGAGCAGAGCAGCCCAGCAGCUCAACGUGAUUCAUCACAGCGUGGGCAGGAGACUGCGGGAAGCCCGUGGAGUCGAGAACGAAGGCAGAACUUGUGCCAUAGAUACUAGCUAGCUAGCUAGUAUCCCUUUCACUUCUCCGGGGGAUCUGUGUUGCUGCUGUUCUUGUUCUUGAUGAUUUUUUUGGCUACUAGAUGGAUGAACUAGUGUGUGUAUAGUGGUGGAGAUUGUAGUGGUAGGCUCACAUUACGUUACAUAUUUUUCACAUAUUGUUGUCAUGAGGCGUGCAUGGUUUGUGCAUCACCACGUGUCCAUAAAAGGACCUCCUGAACUAUGUAUGGGUGUUCUUGCUUGCAGGCCUUGUACUGCAUGCAUCGAGGGAGAAAUGAUGCGCGUAUCCCA